AUGGCGGCCAGCUUGGAGGCCAAGGCAGAGACAGAUGAAAGGCCUGAAGACACGAAAGCGACCUCCAAGGAACCUCUCGAAGCAGCUCAGAGCCUGGGGCCGGCCACUCCUGCAGGAGCGCCGGUCCUAGGGCAGAUUUUGCAAAGCCAGCUGGCCUUGCAGCCCGAAAAUUUUCGAGAAGAGACACUGCGCAUCACGGACGCCAUCUUGGACGCGUUCGGGGGCCCUGUGCAAUACUUAACCGCGAUGCUGGGGGCGGAUCCCAGCUCCAAAUGGGGGGAGUUCAUCACCGCGCGCCGGCUGGUAGACGAAUACUUGUGCAACUCCUUCCUGACCAAGGCCGAGCCUUUGCUUCUGCAUCAAGGCCCGGAAUCAGGAGCAGCGGUUGACGCCAACGACCAGCCUUUUCCCCAGCUGCAUCAUCAAAGCAUGACCGUGAUCUCGGCAACUUGGUCAGUGGCGGCCACGGACGCUGCUUCCAUCGCCAUUGAAAAUGCAAAGCUCAGCGCCCGAGGCGAUAUUCGAAAGGGUCAUGACACCAUCACUUGGCUCAGCAAACUCAGCCUGCUUAAGCAGAAGGGACUUUCGCCUACCGAAGUCCUUCGGCGGUGGAACGAAGCAGCGACCCGCGAGUCCGCCCUGCAAGGGCAAAAGCGCACGGCCAUCCUGCAGCUUUUGGAGCUGCCGCAGGAAUCCGUGCUACUUUUGCUCGAGCACAGCUCCAACUUUGGGGAGGACACAGCUUUCGCGCACGACGCCUUUGCGAACAAACGUCUGUCACCUGGGUUCUCCCCCCGCGGCAUCGCAAAGCCUUGGCAGAAGCGCCUCACAGUCACAGUGGACGGGUUCAACUUGUUCAUCCAGCACGUGCACGGGACGCAAAUGCGCAAAACCAGGCCGAUGCGCAAAAAAUGGGAGAAGGCUGCCCUGGAAGAGGCCAUGAGCAUGGCACAGCUGUUGGUGAGUUGCGCAGCAGAGAUGCAGCUUCAGCAGCCAGGGACCAUCGCCCUCGAGCUUGAACUGCAAGCAGCUAUCAGCGAGGCCAAGACAGACUUUCAGCCGGCAGACAUCUCGGCAUUCAAAGAGAUCCGAGCUAUCUGCCUAGCUGAUAGGGAUGAAAAGAUGUCUGCAAUUGGCCAGGGCCCUCGCAUCACCGCAGGAGAACUCGAGAAACAGGCGUUUGAAGUGAUGCUGGCAUCAGCGGAUCACGAUGCCAACAGAUAUCGGGCUUGGCGGACAAAGUGCAUGGACCGGGAUGCAGCGCAAUACUUUGCGCAGCUGCAGCACACCUGCAAUCGUCAGAGCCAAGCCAAGCAAGCUGCGCAGGCGGUCUUUCAAGAUGGGCCUACCUGGCAUAUGAGGCUGGCGAUGUUUGACAAGCGCGACGCUGCAAAUCUUGAGGCCGCCCUCCAAAUGGCUGAGAAGAUCACAAAGCUGCACCAGCUUCCAGGCAGGGAAGCCGUGCACAACCUGUGCAUCAUCAACUGGGCAUCGCCUGGCAUAUACAGCGGCAGCGCCCAAAAAGCGCAAGCAAAUCUGACCGGAGGCCUCUGCCUCAGCCCAGUCCAUUUCUACAAGCGCGGCAGUCUGUACAAAGCAGAGCAAGGCUGCGUGAAUCAGCUUGCCAACGCAGCUCUGAACACGGACAACCGCUUUGCAGUGGCCUACUCCGGGAGGACAGACGAGAGGGAGCGGCGAGCUUUGUUGCAGCCAGGCUUCAUCUUGAUGCCGGGCGGCCAGGAAGAAUCCUCCGCGCACAAGGCCACAUGGCAGUUCUGGAGGUCGGCGCCCGUGUUUCAGCAGACGGUGAUCGGCGGCGUUUCCUUGCUGCCUUCCUUGCAGAUGCUGACCAUCGAGGACAUGCACCAGAAGCUUUGCCAGACUCGUCUCCGAGCGGCCAUCCUCAUCGUCGAUUGCUCUGCCCACACUCUGGAGUUCGCCAAGGCCGUAUAUGAGGAGCGGGCGCGCAAGUCUGCAAACGUGCCACUGUACUAUCUCGGCUUCGCAGAGACAUCUGCCGAGCUGGAGUGGCAGCAGCACCAUUUGCAGACAUGGCUGAGCGAGGGCUUUUUGAGUGGCGACUUGCCCCUGCCUGCAGGCGCCCCUGCACUGAUGUCGAAGGAGCUACCGGCAGAGCUCACAUCGGCGCUCCCUCCCAAGCCAGAGCUGAAUACUCUCACCUGGUCGAACAAGAAAGCCGACGGUCUUCCCACGCUGAAAACGCCAGAAAAGGUUUUGCUAGCCUGGCAAUCGCGCACCCGCGAGACCAUUCCGCUGGACGUCACCGGCGAUGACCCUAGCAGCAGCAGACCUGCAAGCGUGGCCGGUGGCUCUGGGACCCCGGUCAAGCGAGAGUCCGCUGGGGGCGAGUCAGGGCAGCCACCUCGGAAAGUUCUGAAGACCGAGUCGGUGGAAGCCAAGUCAAUCCCCUUGGCUGAGCUGCCAAAACCUCUGUGCUGGCAAGCAGCACUGCCGUCAGGCGCAGCCAAGAACAAGGGGAAUGCCCUGAAGAUGGUGAUCACCAUCGGCAAAAGAAUCUUCAUAGCCAACGAAGCAAGCGCCUCUGAAAUAACCCUGCCAGCCGGAGCCACAGUGGCCGGCUACUACAAAGGCAAAUUUCUUCUGCAGGGCGACCGAAAAGCCGAAGCAGAUGGCUUGCAGCUUCGCGCGUCGGACUGCUUGUACCAGCUUCACGAUAGCAAUAGCCUCGUCGUCUUUGAAGGUAAAGUCGCCACUGUGGGGCAAGUCGUGGCGCAGAAGCGUGCGCUGACCCCCCUCAGCGUCGUAAUCUGCUACCACGACUUGGUAGAGCAGCCGACCCCUGAAGACGCAAAGCAUUUCGUGCUUCAGGUGAAGAACCAGGCGCUAUUCCGUCCAGAGAACGCACCCGCCCCCGAGGACAAGAAAAGCGCAGAUGGCUGCGUAACUGUGGCACUGACCAGCUUGGCAGGCUGUCUGGAAACAUCCUGCUGGGAAACGUCUCGCACGCAUCUGCUGUGGGCAGUGAAGUGGUCUGCCCGCGUUUGCAGCCCGUGCGCCCCAUGA